AUGGCUCCGUCACCAGACGACCCGACUGGAGAAUAUGCCUUCCUCGAGAAACUGAUUCGUCCUAUGGACAGACACCUCAUAUUCCCUCUCCUCGACCACUACUCACGCGACGACAACAUCUCCCCCGAACGACGCAAUGAUCUCCAACUCGCCAUCUUCCAAUUACUCAAGAACACCAACAUGGUCGACUAUGUCACAGAACUUUACGAUGGCCUCGAAGGCUCAAAACCCAGCGCGCCCAACUUCGAGCAGAAGCGCACCGAGGUCCUCUCAAAACUCAGCCGAUACGAAAAAGACACCGACACACUCUCAAAUCUCCUCUCCGACGAAGCAGUCACGUCACAACUGCGCUCAGACAAGGUUGCCAACUUAAAAUAUCUCGAAGAGCAACACCAAGUCACACCACAGAUGAUUGAAGAUCUCUAUUCGUUCGGUCGCUUCAGAUAUGAGAUGGGCACAUAUGGCGAGGCCGCAGACCUGCUCUACAGAUUCAGAGUCUUGUCCACCGACAACGACAAAGUCGCAAAGGCUACAUGGGGCAAGCUGGUAUGCGAGAUCUUGGGUGAAGAAUGGGAGUCUGCUAUGGAGGAGGUCGAUAAGGUCAAGGAGCACAUCGAAACCCGCCUGUUCAACAACCCCCGCGCUCAACUCACUGCUCGAGAAUCACUUGUCCACUACGCUCUGUUCCCCUUCUUCAAUUACGAGCCAGCACGGGACAAACUCAUCGAACUCUACUUCUCACCACCAUACAUCUCUUCCAUCCAGACAGUCUGCCCGUGGAUCCUACGAUAUCUUGCUGCCGCAGUCAUCUCUAACCGCACACGGAUGAACAACUCGCACAACUACCAGAAGCAGAUUAAGGAUCUGGUCAGAGUAGUCAAGCAGGAAGUCUAUGAGUAUCAAGACCCCGUCACCGAAUUCGUCAAGGCUCUCUACGUCGACUUCGAUUUUGAGGAGGCACAGAAGAAGUUGUUGGAAGCCGAAAAUGUCCUUCGAGGCGACUUCUUCCUUGGCUCAUCGACAGAUGCUUUCGUCGAGGCUGCCCGUCAUCUCAUUUCGGAAUCAUACUGCAAGAUUCAUCAGAGAAUCGAUAUCAAGGACCUCUCCACCCGACUAGGCAUGUCUGAUUCCGAAGGCGAGAAAUGGAUUGUCGACCUCAUUCGUGACACCCGCCUCGACGCGAAGAUCGACUACAAGGCCGGCACCGUCAUCAUGAACCAUCCCCCACAGAGCGUCUACCAGCAGGUGAUCGAGAAGACGAAGGGCGCGUUCUUUAGGACACAGGUGUUGAGUGCUGCAGUAGCGAGGUGA